GCUAUCUCACUGACUCAAAAACAGCAUAUUGAUGCUUGUCUCCCGAUAACAGCGUUAAAGACAUUUGUUUGGGGCGAGAGACAAUUUGUCUUUCAAGGUCAAGGCUCUUUGUUUCGUGUGAUUGAUGCCGUCACCGGGGCAGUAUCUACUCAAACCCAGGCAUUCAAACGAAACAAUGUUCACGGUUUUAUUAUCUUGAACCAACAGCCACAAGAUGGCUUAAGUCCUGUUCAAGUUCUCGUAUGGGGUGGUCGCUCGGUGCGAGUUGUUAACUUCUUUCUGCCAUCCCGUAUCAAGCCGACUCUGUCGAUCUCAAGUGCAGAGUACAUUGCUCCGGAUUGGAUCAUGAGCGGAUGUGCAGCUGCCGCAACUGGCCAUUACGGGGGAUUCUUGAUCACUGCAAACAACGCACUUCUAAGUCUCGAAGUGAUUGAUAGUGGGUCACCUGAAAAUGAAACCGCUAUAUCCAUAUAUCAAUUGGCAACAAGUGUAAAAUCUAUUCUUUACUCUGCCGACGUGAUCGCGCUGUCUCCUUCCCAUGUUCUCAUGGCCUCCGGUACCGUCUUUGGGGAAAUCAUCGUGUGGUCUUGUUUCUUGGAUAUCAAUGGUUCGCAUAAAGCUAAUGCAAUUGGCUCCAUUCACCAUUUUUUCACGGGGCAUGAUGGAUCAAUCUUCAACGUCCGCAUUUCCCCUCAAAUACCGUCCUUGAAUGGCAGGCGGUCCGGCCGAGUCUUGGCUAGUUGCAGUGAUGAUAGAACUGUGAGGAUCUGGGACAUUUCAGAUUGCGAACACAAGACGGCACAAGAUCCUUCUGCAUACUCAACUGACGGCUAUGAUCUACGAAGUACGGGUUUCGGCCCUGUCGAGGCAGGCGAGCAAAUGGUUGGAUCUGAAUCAUGUGUAGCUCAAGCAUUUGGUCACGCAGCUCGCAUCUGGGCCGUUUAUUUCAGAUCUAUUGAAAAUAAUGACCAAACCCACAUGGGGCUAGUGUCUCGCGGGGAGGAUUGUACAUGCGUACUAUGGAACCUGAGCUGGCAGACAUCAUCGGCCAGCGCAGCGACUUAUGAGCUCAGUGAGGCUUCUUCAAUACAGCCACAUAUUGGAAAACACAUCUGGUCCCUGGAUCUUCACAGACUUGGCUCUGAAACUGUUGUUUACACAGGCGGUGCCGAUGGAGCGUUAAAGCGGUUUUCCAUCAAGGAAAACGAUGAUACAUACUUGCCAGUUGCCCCUCUCCCGGAGCCAGAAGUCCCUGGAUUCCAGAGAAAGAGGAAACAACCAGCAAUUGAUAGGGCAAGGGCUUUUGUAUUUGUCUCCUCAAACUACCUCCUCUGCUCAUCGACACAAGGUCAAAUGCAGCUUGGAUAUAUAAACCAAGCAGAAGAAUCAGGUACUACUUGGGAAGCACUAUGUGAAGCACCAGAUCUUGGAUCUUUUGCCGUGAUGACUAGUCUUCCUCAGAAGGGGUUAGCAUUGAUCGGCAAUUCUCGAGGAAUGGUUCGACUUUACAAUCACGCUGCUAGAUCUGUCACCAACAUUGCAGACGUUGGCGCACGACCUCUUGGUCUCUUCUUCCUUCACACCAACUCUCCUGCCACAGGUCCUGGUUUUCCUAUAUCCUCCAACCCCAUCACAUUCCUCGUCUGUUAUCCAACAAAAGAAGAGAUUACACUUGUCAACGUCUCUGAUUGGGACAGUGAGAGUCCAAAGACCGAAGUAACCACAUUUGUGCUGCCCUCUACGUUUGUGGUAUGCAGUGCGUCUUUUGUCUUCGAGGGUCAAUAUUUGAUGAUCGGCUCAAAGGCAGGCGGCCUUGCUGUGUAUCAAACUGCGAGACGCAAUGAAGAUUCUGAACCAAUAUUGCUCGACCGACGUAUUCACGGUCGAGAGUUUGUCAACUACAUCCACCCGGUGUCAUCAACUAUCGGAAAUGGAGGCACAAAAUCUGAAUUCGUAUUGACUUGUGGUCGAGAUGGGACUUAUUGCGUCCACGAAUUGCAGAUAUGUGAAAACAAGACUGAUGCACUUUCGAUGCAGAUAGUGCAUCGCACAUCAUCUACGAUCGGUGGUAAUAUCGAGGGUGCUUAUGUUGAUGAAACUACGGGUGACUUCAUGUUGUACGGCUUUAGAUCUCAAGAUUUUGUCCUGCGCAAUGAGUCUAAGUUAACAGAUAUCAUAACCAUAGCUUCUGGUGGAUUCCGCCGAGACUGGUCAUUUUACCCAGGAGCAAAAGGUGAAGAUGCUUUCUUCGCGUGGAGAGAUGUGGCUUCUUUGACAAUAACUCGCAUACGGCCUAAUGCUAACCACCUGCUUCGAGCUGGGGCCCACGGCCGCGAACUCAAGGCUGUUGAUGUAUACAGUCCUCCUGGUGGAAGCCAAUCACUUAUUGCAACAGGCGCAGAGGACACAACCGUGCGUCUCUUCGCACCAACCUGCUCAGUAACCGCUAGUCCGUGGGGCGCCUUUGAGUGUGUGCGCGUCUUGGAUACACACAUUUCUGGUAUCCAACAAGUGACAUGGUCCAAGGAUGGAAGAUAUUUGUUUACCAGUGCGGCAUUUGAGGAGUUCUUCGUGUGGAGUGUCCGCACGAUUCCCUCAUUCGGCAUUGCCACAAAUUUGUUGGCAGCCAGUCCCAAAGAGGACGCCAACUCCGAUCUCCGGAUCCCGAGCUUCAGUGUGUUGGAAGUGAAGGAAAUUGAUGGGGAGCAGGGUUUCCUCCUGUGUCUCGCUCUCUCAAAUUCUUCUAUCAAAAUCUUCCAUUUCUCGCCGUCUAGAAGUCAAUUCACACUUCUGGCUCGUGGGACAUACAUGACAAACUGCUUGACGCAGGCUCAUUUUUUGGUCGCUUACUCCUCUGUGAAUCUCAUAACCGCAGCCACUGAUGGCUACUUCACACUCUGGGAUCUGACCAGCACCCUUGAGCGGUUUUACACAAUCUCUGAAUCUAAUUUGGAGGCCAAACACGCCUUCGACAAUUCGUCUGUCCCAGUGGAUGACAUCACAUGCGAAGAUCGAUAUCAAAUCCAUUCCAAUAGUAUCAAGGGGAUGGAGUUGCUGUGUUUAUCUGACACUUCCACUGUGAUUGUGACUGGGAGUGACGAUAACUCUCUUUCUGUGUCUCUUCUGCGAACAUCCCCAUCAGAAGCUGCGCAUGUGGCCACAAUUUCCAUCCCGGAUGCUCACGCAGCGGCUGUUACCACGGUCAAAAUACUUAGGCAUGAACAAUCUCGGGAUGUUGUUCGCAAUGCUGAAUCCACAAACAUCACCGUGGUGUCUUCGGGUAAUGACCAUCGAGUCAAGAUUUGGUCGAUCAUCGUGGACCCAACACAGCCUGGCACACAAGGAAUCACUGUGCAAUUUUUACUGGACAGAUACAGCGCGGUGGCAGAUAUAGCAUCAAUGGGCCUUGUCAAAAGCCCUAGCCACAUGAUUUCCGCAGAUAACGAUGCCCCUGAAACCCCAAAAAGCGAAGCACAGUUGGUGGUAUGCGGUGUCGGCAUAGAGAUGUUUAAUAUCAAGUCGUAA